AUGGCUAUCAACUAUCUCAUCUUGCUCUCUAGACAGGGCAAGGUCCGUCUGGCAAAAUGGUUCACUACCUUGUCUCCCAAGGACAAGGCGAAGAUCGUCAAGGACGUCUCUCAACUAGUCCUCUCCCGGCGGACGAGGAUGUGUAACUUCCUCGAGUACAAGGACACCAAGGUCGUCUACCGCCGAUACGCCUCGCUCUUCUUCAUUGCCGGCUGCGACUCUGACGACAACGAGCUCAUCACCCUCGAGAUCAUCCACCGAUACGUCGAGCAGAUGGACAAGUAUUACGGCAACGUGUGCGAGCUGGACAUCAUCUUCUCCUUCACCAAGGCAUACUACAUCCUUGACGAGCUGCUAUUGGCUGGAGAAAUGCAGGAGACUAGCAAGAAGGCAGUGCUACGAUGCAUAGGGCAGCAGGACUCCCUAGAGGACAUGGAGGUCGAGGACGAAGUUACAAAGAUCAUGUAA